GUUAUACAUUUUAUUGUUUUAUUUAGUGCUUUUAAUUUCAUAUUGGAAUAUAUAAAACAUAUCCCUUUUCUAAUAAAAAGAAAAAUACAAGUAGAACUAGUCAAUUAUGAAAUUUUGUUUUCUAUUUUUAUUUGUAAAUGUGAUCUAUAACAGCGAUGCUACAUUCUGUGGAUGUAAAGCGGUUCGGGAAACGUACGAAAAGAUGUUAAAAGAGCUAACUGAAGAAGGGGAAGUGGAAUGCGUAUCAGAUGCCUCUAUUGGAUCCAGCACGGUAUGGGUGUUCUUGGCAGCCUUGAGGCAGUACAGUGAACUUCUACUGACCGUAAAAAGUGACGACUUGACAUUCGAGGGCCGAUAUCUUCACGAGGUGGUUCUGAAUAUACCCCGCGAUAAACCAGAGGAGGAAGACAGCAAACCUAUAAUAGUCCUUGAAGCGGGUCAAGAAGGUGGAGUGGAGCCAGUGGGCUUCGCUUUGUAUAUCAUAGAGCAACUGCUCGGUUGCAAGGAGAAUGAGGACAUGCUGAAGACUGUGAAGUGGGUCAUCCUGCCCUGCACUAACCCUGAUGCUAUGGAAUAUGGUAGAUGGUCAGAGGCUACACAGCUAAGAUUGUGGAGGAAAAAUCGUCGAAAAUUAGAAGAAAAAGGUUGUAUCGGAGUAGACGUCAGUAGGAACUUCGACACCAAUUGGGGGGCGUGUCCCAAAGUCGAGAAUGCAUUUUCCAGUGUGUAUCCCGGUAAGAGCCCGAGCUCCGAGAACGAGACGAUUUUUGUCAAGCAAGUGUUAGAAAAGUAUAAAAGGCACAUAAAGGCUUAUGUAUCUAUCAGACGUAACGGACAUGCUAUAUUGUAUCCUUAUGCACACGCCAAGAAUCUUCAUACGGACGCACAAUUGGAAGGGGCGGCUGCGGACAUUACUGCUAAAGUGAACCAGAGAGCUGGCACGGUUCAUCUGUUCUCCAAUACCAGUAUAUUCGAAUUCGAAGACAAAGCUCGAUGUGGCCACAGCGUCGACUAUGCUCACAGUCUCGGAAUUCCUCUGAGUUACGAGAUGCGUGUGUUCCUCGGCUCAGAAAACCAUAUUCUGUCCAAGUUCCAAACCUUGCCUCGGGGUUACGAGAAUACGCUUAGAAUGGGCUACUACAACGGUAUUAGAGAACUUUACAACAUUGUUGCUAAAGAGAGACAGUACGGUAAAAAUAAAUUAUGAUUUCGAA